AUGAAAAAUUCAUCUAAUUCAAUAUCUAUCAUUUGGAAUAUUAAAUUACUGAAUUCAAUAAAUGAAAUUACAAUUGAUUUAAAUUCAGAACAUCAACAAACAGUUUUAACAAAUGAAUUUCUUAGUGAUUUACUGAUCUGUCCAGUAUCAAUUCCAUCGACGUCAUCAUUAACAUCAUUAUCAACAUUAUUGUCAAAUACAACAACACCAACACAAAUAGGUGGUCCAAAAGUCGAUUUACCGAAAAAGAAUUUAAUAUCUCCAUUACGGCUUGAGCAAAUGAGCUAA